AUUCAACGGGAAAAGUGGAUUUACCGAAGCGUUUUGGACAUAAAAAACAAGAAACGUUUUUGGGAGCUUUCAUUCCAAAAAUUUUCGUUUCCCUUUAAAGGUAUUAGAAGGUUUCAUCGACUCAAGAAUAAAAUAUUUCGUAGUUUUCUAAUAAUGACGUCUAUUUCAUCAAACGGUAUUGUGCGAUUAUGCUUCACACAUCAGAUGCGACGUCGAAUCAUGCAAUCUGUUCUCACUUUGAUACCGAGACUUACUGAUCGCCAAGUACUUAAAGAAACACCAAUUUAUGUGGUUGGGGAUAUUUUGGGACAAUACGUCCACCUGUUGCGUAUAUUUAAUGAAUUUGGACAUCCACCAGGAAAACGCUAUCUUUUCCUUGGGAAUUAUGCCACGCAGAAUCCAUUGGGAAUUGAAACGUUAGCGUUGCUGUUUGCAUACAAACUGCUCUAUCCACAAUCUAUUUAUUUGCUUCGUGGUCGGCGUGAAUGUCCGACUAUAGGUCGUUUAUACGGUCAGUACGAUCAAUGUGUAAAACGCUUCAGCCGACGUCUGUGGCAUGAGAUCAGUACGGUGUUCACUUAUUUGCCUGUGGCUGCAAUCAUCGAGGAUCAGAUUUUGUGCGUGCACAGUGGUUUAUCUCCUUCCAUUCAAUAUGCGGACCUAACCAGUGUAAAUGAACUACGAGGACAAUUUCUUCGUUUGAUCACCCGACCGAACGAGAUUCAGCCCCAUGCACUCACAACGCAUCUGAUCUGGUCUGAACCGGACGAGGGAACAACGGGUUGGGAUCAGAAUCCAGCCGGUCUGGGGUAUUUAUUCGGUCCGGAUGUGGUAAAAGCUGUAUGUGACCGGUUGGAUCUAUUGCAAAUCGUUCGCUCCAGUGGACUGGUGCGAAAAGGAUGUGCACGAUUUGCCGAUACCAAGUUGGUGAGUGUUUUCAGUGCGCCCGAUUUAGAGGAUACAUACGAAAAUGAUGGUGCUGUGUUACACUUCAGUUCCAAACGUACCACUCGAAUGAAUGUAAAAUUUGAGGAUGUGGCUUUUGACAUGCUUCUGACCGACAAAAAAAUGGAGCAAAAGUAUUGUCCAAGAAUAAAAAAUAGAAAUAACGGCAUCUGUAUAACUAUUCUCAUUGUCAUGUUGAACAACCAAACGCACCAGAAGAUAUGGACAGAACUGUGCGAAAUUCAUUGA